CGCCACCCGCGUCCCACCUAUACAUCAUUUUCAUAAUAUUUCCCUUUAAAACCAUACAUGCGGUGAACUUGUCCCCUUUCUUCCACAGUCUUUCCCAAUCUUCAAACAUUAUAUUAUGUCCCACAUCUCUUGCGCACCCUCCUGCUGUCCUUAAUCGAGCCUCCUGGCGCAGAGGCAGUCUACCUCGCUCGCUAGGUCCCUGGGGACAUUUAGCAGCUGCGGGGGGGCAGGAGGCUGGACCAAGAGAUGGAGACCCCCUUUGGCCUCGCCCCGCGGGGAUCCUCGGGCGCCCUGGGCGAGGCCCGCUUGCCCUUCCUGCCCAACACGUCUGUCCGGCAUCCAGACCCGCCUGGGACCAGCGGGGGGGGGGUUGGAGGGAGGGAUGCCCCCCCUUUCCCGGAGCGUGAGUCAGGCGGACCAGGCAGGGUGGGGCAGGAACUGGCUGCCUGGAGAGACCGGCUGCUGCCUGUGCGUAAAAAUUUCCAGCGGAAUCGGGGAAAGAGAGAGAAAAAGAAUUUCCUGUGCCGAAGUUUUUGGAGAUCUCCGGCCCUGGCAUGCGGGCUCGGACUCCUGGGUUCUUUUUGCUCCUCCUCCUCCUCCCGCACCCCAGCAGGACGGCCCCAUGCUGAGCUUGGAGAGACCCCACCCCGGCGGGGAGACCCUGGACGACUCGGACCUGGAAGCGGAGGACGAGAGAGAUGGUCUCCGCCGGGACGAGGCGCCAGGUGACCUCAGCCCCUUCCUGGCCGUCUACGAGCGGAAGCCCCUCCGGUCUCAGGGACCCCUUUUUCUUAGGGGCGUCCCCGUCAUUGCGCGCGUGGAGAGCGCAGAGAGAUAUGCCAGCGGUUCCAAGGUGCGGCCAAGCACCGUGUACUCCUUGCGCCUGACGCACGGCCAGUUCACCUGGACCAUGAAGAAGAAAUUCAAGCACUUCCAGGAAUUACACCGGGAUCUCAUGAGGCACCGGAUCCUGAUGAGUUUCCUGCCUCUGACACGGUUUGCCGCUCUGGGUUCUCGGUCUGACGGAACCGUCCUGGGGCUGCCCUCCUUGCCCCACGGCGGGGAGGUGUCCCGGCGCCCGUCCAGCAAGCAGAAGCAGCUGGAGAAUUACCUCAACACUUUGCUGGAGAUGAGCGUCUACCGCGACUACCAUGCCACGGCAGAGUUCCUGGAUGUGAGUUCGCUCUCCUUCAUCCCGGACCUGGGACAGAAAGGCCUGGAGGGCAUGAUCCUGAAACGGUCUGGGGGCCACCGCUUGCAGGGCCUCAACUGCGCCGGGCGCCAUCAGUUCUGCUACCGCUGGUCGAAGAGGUGGCUGGUGGUGAAAGACUCCUUCCUGCUCUACCUGAAGCCGGAGUCGGGCGUCAUCUCCUUCGUGCUCCUCUUCGACACCGGCUUCAACAUCCAGGUGGGCAAGAAGCCCACCGAGACCAAGCACGGCGUGCGCAUUGACAACACCUGCAGGUCUCUCAUCCUGAAGUGCAGCAGCUACCGCCAGGCCUGCUGGUGGUGCCAGGAGAUCACCGAACUGGCCGAGGGCAAGGGCAGAGAUUUCCUGCGGCUCCAUCGCCACCAGGGCUUUGUGCCCCCUCGCAAGGAGACCCCUGCCCGCUGGUUUGUGAACGGUGCCGGGUAUUUUGCGGCGGUGGCUGAGGCCGUGGCGCAGGCGAAAGAGGAGAUCUUCAUCACGGACUGGUGGCUCAGCCCGGAGAUCUACAUGAAGCGCCCGGCCCAGUCAGAUGAGUGGAGGCUGGACCUCCUUUUGAAACACAAAGCGGAGCAAGGGGUGCGCAUCUGUGUGCUGCUCUUCAAGGAGGUGGGCUUGGCCUUGGGCAUCAACAGCGACUACAGCAAACGCGUCCUCAUGCUGCUGCACCCUAACAUCAAGGUGAUGCGCCACCCCGACCACGUCUCCUCCAUCAUCUUCCUGUGGGCCCACCAUGAGAAACUGGUGGUGGUGGACCAGACUGUGGCCUUCCUGGGCGGCCUGGAUCUGGCCUAUGGGCGCUGGGACACCCACGAGUACCACCUGGCAGACCUAGAGGGUGACGACUGCCGGGCCCCCAAGGGCGGAGGGGCUGCCCUUCCAGGGGGGGAAGAAGCCCCUGUUGACCUGGCCACCAACCAGCGCCUCUGGCUCGGCAAGGACUACAGCAACCUCAUUGCCAAGGACUGGGUGCAGCUGGACAGACCCUUCGAAGAUUUCAUUGACAGGUGCCAGACUCCGCGGAUGCCAUGGAGGGAUGUUGGGGUGGCCGUUCACGGCCUGGCCGCACGGGACGUUGCGCGGCACUUCAUCCAGCGAUGGAACUUCACCAAGACUGUGAAGCCCAAAUACAAAGGGCAGGACUACCCCUACCUGCUCCCCAAGUCCUCUAGAGCGACACCCCUGCAGGUACCGUUCAUCGUGCCCGGAGCUCAGACCGCCAACGUUCAGGUGUUGCGCUCUGUGGACCGCUGGUCGGCCGGCCUCCAUGAACACUCGAUCUACAACGCCUACCUGAGCGUUAUCAAAGAGAGCCAGCAUUACCUGUACAUUGAGAACCAGUUCUUCAUAAGCUGCGCAGACGGGCGUUCGGUCAUCAACACCGUGGGAGACGCCAUUGUUGACCGGGUGCUGCUUGCCCACAGUGAGAAGAAGCCCUUCCGGGUCUUUGUCCUGCUCCCGCUGCUGCCUGGGUUUGAGGGAGACAUCGCCCAGGGCGGAGGAAACUCCAUCCAGGCUAUUCUGCACUUUACCUACAGGACGCUCUGCCGCGGGGAGGCAUCCAUCGUCAGCCGGCUCAAGGCAGUCAUGGGGGACGACUGGAAGAGCUACAUCUCCUUCUGCGGGCUGAGGACGCACGGGGAACUGCGGGAGAAACUCCUGACGGAGCUGGUCUACAUCCACAGCAAGAUGCUCAUUGCGGACGACCGGCGCGUCAUCAUUGGCUCAGCCAACAUCAACGACCGGAGUCUCCUGGGGAAGAGGGACAGUGAGCUGGCCGUCCUGGUCGAGGACACAGAUCUGGUGCCCUCCGUCAUGGGCGGGCAGGAGUACCAGGCGGGGAAGUUUGCCCUGAGCCUGCGACUCGACUGCUUCAGGUGCGUUUUGGGGGUGGCCUCUGACCUGGACAUUCAAGACCCGCUCAGCGACCGCUUCUUCUGGGACGUCUGGCAAGCCACAGCUUCGUCCAACACCAGCAUCUACGACAAGGUCUUCUCCUGCCUCCCCACCGACGCCGUCAAGUCCCGGAGGGACCUGCAAGAUCACAUCAGCAAGAAGAGCCUGGCCUCCGAGAGCCCCAUCCUGGCCCGGGACCACCUUCAGAAGGUGCAAGGCCACCUGGUCCAGUUUCCUCUGGAGUUCCUGGCCGAGGAGUAUCUCCUGCCCCCUCGCAACAGCAAGGAGGGCAUGAUCCCCGUGGAGGUGUGGACUUGACGCAGCAGGCGGGGGGAGCCCCGAGGGGAAAACAGGAGACGGCAUGCAGAGAGCAUUUGCACUCUGCACGCGACCCGUGAGCCUCUCUCCCUCAUUUGCAGCUCCGGCUUGUCUGGAUUCUUCGGCAAGGAACGACUCUUGUCUUUGGCCAGAGCUGGGUGACGGGACACCGCCCUCUGGGGUAACUUCCGCCAUUGCGAAUUAGUUUAAGGGCUUUCGCCAACCUGGUUUAAAGGCACAAAACACUUCUCUUCCACUGGCACUAAUUUUGUAUUCCUAAGCGAGGAAGGUCCUGUCUCAGUUUCCAAAAAUCCAAAAGCUUCUAGGGGGUUGGAACGGAGCACCCCACCAUUUUUUGCACCCCAUAGUUUCUCUCAACCUCCCUUGUUUCGGAAACACUUUCCGUUUAAAUCCGGCGCCUUAAGUUGGGUGUGAAACCGGUUCGGCUGCAGCGGAAACAGCAGGAACCGUGCAAAACAUUACUCCGUUGCAGCAAGAAACGAACAGUGCUGCCUCCUCAGUGCCUUAAGAAGAGUCUCCCUUUUAAAGCGAUAAUAAAGAUUCCAUUAGUCCUGA